CGAGUCACUCAGACGAGGGUUCGGACGUGGAGUCGGAGCCGGAUCUCCCCCUGAAGAGGAAGCAGCGCCGCAGCCGCACCACCUUCACCGCGGAGCAGCUGGAGGAGCUGGAGCGGGCCUUCGAGAGGACGCACUACCCCGACAUCUACACCCGGGAGGAGCUGGCUCAGAGGGCCAAACUCACCGAGGCCAGGGUCCAGGUGUGGUUCAGCAACAGGCGGGCGAGGUGGAGGAAGCAGGCGGGAGCCAGUCAGCUGAUGGCGUUUAACCACCUGAUCCCUGGAGGCUUCCCCCCCUCCGUCAUGUCCAGCUACCAGCUCUCUGACAGCGGAUACCCCUCGUCCAUAGCACAAGUGUCGGAGCCCCCCAGCACGCUGCACCGACCCCAGCCUCUGCCCCCCUCCUCGGGUCACCAGGGGUCAGGGGUCGGAGGUCAGGUUGAAGGAGGCUCUCCGUACUGCCUGGCCUCCGGACGACACUCCUUCUCCGGGUACUCGGACGGCUUCGUGAGCGCUGGAGGACCGGCCAACAGCAUGAACCCCUCCUUAGGAAACGGACUCUCUCCACAGGUGAUGGGUCUUUUGAACCCAGGAGGAGUGCCUCAUCAGCCCCAGAGCGACUACGCCAUCUCCCCUCUGACGGGAGGCCUGGAGCCCGGCAUGUCGGCCAGCUGCAGUCAGCGCAUGGAUCACAUUAAGGGUCUGGAGGGUCUCACCAGCGUUCCCAACAUGGCGGCGCUGCCCUCGCUGCCCAGCUCCCAGUCCUACUGCCCUGCCUCCUACAGCUCCCCGGGGUACACCGUGGACCACAUGGCGUCAUACCAGUACGGCCAGUACGGACAAAGUAAGGUGCCCUUUCUUAUCUGAGGCCUGAAAUCACCUGAUCCAGAGCUCCAGACUUCACACAGGGACAUUUAUGUGUACAGCGAUGGGAAUCUUUUCAAAUCUGGACCAAAUUUUUAUUUUGCUACUAUUUACCAGGACACUUUUCUUUACUAAAGGACUUUAUAUUUUUUAAUUCUUGUUGGAGAAAUGGACAAAAAAAAGAAGGGACCACGAGAAGGAAUAUCAGACCAAAAACUGUUGACUGAUUUCGAACAAAAACUAUUCAUUGACGGCGGAGAUGUCAGCGCUUAAUGGGGUCGGUGAUGUGGAGCUUUGAGCGUCUACAGAGCCAUGAAGAGGCACUUUAGUGACCAAAACAAUAUCCAUGGACUCUGGGGUGUUUGUGAGCAAAGCAAAACCCAAAUCUCUACGUCAUAAUCUGCCAUCCUUUGAGGCGAUGCUUAAAGGAACAUGUUUACAUAUUUUAGGGCCACAUGUAUGAAAUGUCAUGUAUCUCCAAUUUAAUCCCCAAGUUAUAUCUGCUCAAAGGGGAAAAGAAAAGGGCUUUGUUGAUUUUUUAAAAUAAUUUAUCUCCGCAUCCCACACAAGGAGAGACAUUCCACAGAGAGAGAAAAACAAACGUGAGAAUCUGAGUUUUUUUUUUAUUGUGUUAGAGACUCUAAUGUACACCACAGCUGUACUGCAGUGAAAGUUCAUUCACACAUUCCUCCCCCCUCUGUCUCCCCCUCUCCUCUCGCCUUUCUGUCUCACUCCUUCUGUCUCAUUGAUGUUUCGGACGGUGAGGCAGGGAUCCCGGCCUUUUGUAGUUUUUAGAGAGGACCUCGGAGGAGGUCAAGGGGUGACUUUAGGGAAAAUGACAGAUGAGAGAGCAGGAGAGGAGGGCGGCGGAGAAAUGUCUUUAAAGGAAGGGGAAAAGGGGGUGGGGGGGGGUGGAUAAGCAAGAUCGAUCACAGGGUUUAAAAUCCUUUAAAGAUCUUCUCCCGGCGAGAAAAAUCCACCAGGUCACAAGUCACGACCGAAAGACACUUGAGUAACCGAGAGAGUUUAGACUAAAGACUGCCAUUCUCCCAGCUGACCAGAAGUGCAAUAUCAUGUAUCUUAGAGUCCAGAACCCUAAUCCUAACCCUAACUCCUCGUAAAAACAAUGAGAAACGUGUCUCUUAAAGUCUUACAAAACAGUUUGGAUUAUAACUCUGGGUCUAGUUUGGGAUGAACACAUGGGACUAUGUCUAAAACACAUGAGGAACAUUAUUAAAACUGCCAUUAUAGCACACUGAGGACCACAUUUGUCAGGACUUACAUGUUGCGUAUUGUAAGGAAAUGCAUGAAUUAAGGGAAGGCCAAUGAAAACAGAAAACCAUCAGGAAUGAAAAAGCCAAAAUUGUACAACCAGGUCACAAGUAAACCGAGAGACACUUGAGAAACCAAGAGUUUAGACCAUUCUCCCGACUGAUCAGAAGUGCAAUAUCAUAUAUCUUGUAGUCUAACGCACCAUUAAACAUUGAAAAAAACAUCAAUGUUGCCUCCGAAAGUCUUACGAAACAGUGCGCAUUCAUUCUCUGGGUGUAGUUUGGGAACAACACGUGUGACUUUGUCGAAAACAAAUCAGAAAUAUUGUUAAUACUGCUGUAAUAGCACACUGAGGACCACAUUUGUAAGGAUGUUAGUCGGUGUACUAAUCAAGGGAAUGUCAAUAUAACCGAAAAAUCACCAGGAAUGAAAAAGCCAAAGCUUUUGACUGAAGACGGCCAUUCUCCCAACUGACCAGAAGUAAAGUGUCUCUUCGAGUCGACCUCAACCUUUAAAACAAUAUUAAAAUUAAUCAAACGUACCUGUUAAAGUCUUACGAAACAGUUUGGACUUAUUGUCUCGAUCUAGUUUGGGAACAACAUGUGUCUUUGUCCAAAACAAAUCAGAAACAUUGUUAAUGCCGCUCUAAAAGCACACUGAGGACCACAUUUUUAGGACUUAAAACAUGAAUCAAGGGAAUGCUAAUGUAAUCGUAAAAUCACCAGUAAAAAGCCAAAGCUGCACCACCAGGUCACAAGUCAUGAGGAGAAGAUGCCUGAGGAACCCAGAGCGUUUUGACUUCACUCAUUCUCCCAGCUGACCAGAAGUAAAGUGUCUCUUUGAGUCGACCUCGAUCUGACCUCUUAAAGUAUUACGAUACAGUUUGGAAUGAUUGUUUCGAUGUAGUUUGGGAACAACACAUGUAUCUUUGUCCAAAAACAAAUCAGAAACAUUGUUUAUGCUCUCAAAGCACACGAGGUAAUCCCAAUGUAAUCAGAAAAUCACAAGGAUUGACAAAGCCAAAUAACUCACGAGUCAUGACCGACAAACAAUUGAGAAACUGUUAGAGUUUUGACGAAAGAACAUAAUUCCCCCAACUGACCUGAAGUCAAAAUAUCAUAUCACACUUGUUAAAGUCUUACGAAACAGUAUGGAUUCAUUCUCUGGGUGUAGUUUGGGAACAACACAUGUGACUUUGUCCAAAAACAACUCAGAAACAUUGUUAACACCGCUGUAAAGCACAGUGUCAGUGUAUCAUGAAUCAAGGGAAUGUGAACAGAAGAUCACCAGGAAUGACGAAGCCAAAACUGUACUUAAGUUUAUAUUUUUGUGUUGCUUGGGACCUUUUUCUAUGUUUUCAUUUUGCAUUUAAACAACAAUUAGGGUUUGUAACGCAUUCCAGACAUAUUUAUUGUCUCAAAUGUUCUGUAUGUAUGUAUGGGGCGGUGGUGGCGAAGUCGAUAGGGACUUGGCUUGGCAACUGGAAGGUCACCAGUUCAAGUCUCGGCAAGACCAAGUGCUACGAGGUGUCCCUGAGCAAGGCACCGUUCCCCACACUGCUCCCCGGGCGCCGUUCUAUAUGGCAGCCCACUGCUCCUAACACUAGGAUGGGUCAAAUGCAGAGAAACAAUUUCCCCACGAGGGAUUAAUAAAAGUCCAUCUUAUCUUAUCUUAUGUACAAUUUCCCACAAUGUACAAGUGAGUGGCAAUACUUUUCCAUCUGAAUAACGGAGCGCCUUCAUAAGCUUGUGUUGUACAUCUGUCUAUGUUAGAAUGAACCAGUCCUUUCAUUCCUUUGAUAUAUUUGUUGUAUUAUUUUGACAAAGCGAUAUGACAUAACGUCAUGUGUACAAGCGCAUUAUCACUACUAUUUAUAAUGAAAUAAAAAUUCUGAAAAUA